AUCCCCUGGCUGCGCGGGGCUCGGCGCCGGGGCCAUGGGGCCGAUGGCGGCGCUGGGGCUGCUGGUGUGCGCGCAGCUGUGUGCGGGCUCCGGGGAGCUGCGUCUGGUGGGCGGCGGCGGGCGCUGUGCCGGGCGCGUGGAGGUGAAGCACGGCGGGGAGUGGGGCUCCGUCUGCGUCUUCGACUUCCACAGGGAAGCCCGUUGGGCCAUCGUGGUGUGCCGGCAGCUGGGCUGUGGCCAGGUGGCCAAGGCGUCCCCGUACGCCCCGUUCGGGCAGGGCACCGGGCGCAUCUGGCUCCAGCCCUUCUGCCGCGGCACCGAGGAGGCGCUGGAGGAGUGUCCGCACUUCGGAUGGGGCCAGCACUUCUGCGGCCACGAGUCGGAUGCGGGGGUGACCUGCAGAGAUGCCGUGGAGCUGAGGCUGGCGGGCGGCGGCAGUCCCUGCGCCGGGAGGGUGGAAGUGAAGCUUCGGGGACGCUGGGGCUCGGUGGCAGAUGACCCCUGGGACAUGGAGGACGCCGAGGUUGUGUGCCAGCAUCUGGGCUGUGGCUCGGCUGCCGGUGCCUACUUUGCCCGCGAGAUCUUUGGCGCAGGGAAUGGGCCCGUCAGUCUGGCCAAUGUGGACUGCAAAGGAAAUGAGUCCACUCUCUGGGACUGCGAGAUCCGCGGCUGGGGACCUUAUAACUUCGUCCAUAACUACGACACUGCUGUUACUUGCCAAGGAUUUUCCCGGCUGGUCGGAGGUGAUGGAGCGUGUGCCGGGCGGCUGGAGGUACGUCAGGGCCGGGCCUGGGUGGGCGUCUGCGAGGAUCAGGUGGACAUGAAGGUGGCGCAGGUGGUUUGCCGGGAGCUGGGCUGUGGAGCGGCGCUCUCCAUCCCCGGCAGCGAGCGAUUUGGGGCAGGAUCGGGGCCGCUCUGGGACGGGGGCUUGCAGUGCAAUGGCACCGAGCCCCUCCUCAGCGCCUGUGCCCGGCAUCGGCCCCACAGCCAGGGCUGCAGCACCGGCCCUGCCAGCGUCAUCUGCUCCCCCUACACGGGCUUCCGGCUGGGCAACAGCAGCUCGGGAUGCACCGGGCGGGUGGAGGUGGCAGUGAGGGGGACGUGGGGCUCCGUGUGCGCCAGCGAGUGGGAGCUGGCCGAUGCGCACGUCCUGUGCCGCCACCUGGGCUGCGGCCGCGCCUUCACCGUGCCCCCGGGAGGCUCCUUUGGCAGCGGGGACGGGCCACUGCGGCCGGACGCCUUCGGCUGCAGCGGGAGCGAGCGGCACCCGGGCGAGUGCCCCGUGGCCGUGCUGGGGAAGCCCCCCUGUGCCCCCGGAAACGCCGCUGCCGUCAACUGCUCAGGUGUUGGUGGCUUCGUCGAGUCCCUGCGGCUGGUGGAGGGUCAGAGCUUUUGCGAUGGGCGGCUGGAGGAGACCAUAACCAGCCCGGCAUGGCGCCGUGUGCCUGUGGAGCAGUGGAAGUCAUGGGAUGUCCACAUGGUUUGUGCAGUGCUGGGCUGUGGCGUUCCCAAGGACGUUAACACCUCCUUGGGUACGGCCACUGUCGUGAGCAGCAGCCCCAGCGAGAUGGACAUCAUGACUGAAGAGACGGACAUUUUGGACGUGGGUUCUGCGCUGACCAGCAGCCGCCAUGAGAAGAUGGAUGAUGUAGUGGAGAACAUGGACGAUGUCUCAGGGAUGGGCCCUGCACCAACCAGCAGCCCUGAGGGGAUGGUCAUCGUCUGCUCAGGCAGCCGGCGGGUGAGGCUGGUGGGGAGCUCUGGGCGCUGCGCCGGGCGUGUGGAGGUCUAUUCCGGUGGCACGUGGAGCGCCGUCUGCCAGGAAGGCUGGGAGCUGCGGGACGCCGCCGUUGUCUGCCGGGAGCUGGGCUGUGGCACGGCGCUGGAGGCACCGAGGUCGGCGCGCUUCGGUGCCGGCCCGGGGCCGCUGUGGCCGUACAUCCCUGCCUGCUCCGGGAGCGAGGAGUCUCUCUGGGAAUGCGGGCGUUCGGAAGGGCGCGAGUGCGGGCGUGGCGGCGGGGCAGGGGCCGUCUGCUCAGAGCAGCUCUCCGUGCGGCUGGCGGGCGGCCGCGGGCGCUGCCGCGGGUUCCUGGAGGUGUCCCACAACGGCACCUGGGGCCGCGUGUGCGCCAACGGCACCAGCCCCGGCACCGCCAACACCGUCUGCCAACAGCUGGGCUGUGGGCCCCGGGGCUGGCUGUCGGCCGUCCCCGCCCAGCAGCCGGCCCCCGCCUGGCUGGCCUGGGUGGGCUGUGAGGACGGGGCCCGCUCGCUCUGGGGGUGCCCCUCGGCACCCUGGAAUCUGCAGAGCUGCGGCCCAGGCGGGGACGCCCACGUGGCUUGUGAUGGGGACAGUGAUGGCAUCGCUGAGACGGACACAACCCCCCAUCCCGACAGUGCCACGAGCACAGGUAGCUGUGCCCCGGUGACCGCGGGGACUGUGCCUGUGCCAACUGUCCUGUGCGUGGUGCUGGGGACGCUGCUGUGCGUGGCCCUGGGUGCCCUGGCCGUGCUGCUGUGCCGUGCCCGCGCCUGGCGCCGAGGCCCUGGCAGAGCUGCAGAUGCCGUCUCCAACGCUGUCUACGAGGAGCUGGACUACACCGCGAUGCCGGAGUACCAGGAGGUGCCCAGUCGCCCGGGUUCCCUGUCAGAGGGGUCGGUGAAGAAGCUGCCCUAUUACACCGGCGACAGCGUGGAGGGGAGUGACACCGAGGCAAGCCCAGAGCCCCCUGCCUGCCCCGAGCACGGAACCCCGGAUGGCUACGACGAUGCCCUGGGUGUGCCACAGGAGCCCCCUGCUCCCAGCACUGGGGACAUGUCCGAGGGCGUGGCACAGAGGAGGUGGAUCUGUGUCCUCCCCACAGGUGGGAUCUACUCCCCUCCGAGUGCCCCAGGAGCCACCAGGACCCCCUCGGAACAGCCGCCGGUGCACACAGACUAUGAUGAUGUCGGCAGCAGCGCCCUGGGGCCGUCGCCAUGAGGAUGCCGCAGCCCUGGGGACACGUGUGUGGUGCUGUGCUGGGGCCCUGUCCCCAGGAAGGGGUGGCCCUGCCCACAGAGGUCACCCCUCCCUGUGCAGCAGUGCAGGAAAACAGCUCCUGUGUAGGGAUUUUCUUGGCUUUCUGUCUGAAUUUCCCUUUUUCUCUUAUUAAAGACUCUCGUGGUUUGACACUGGCCCGACGCCAGGCA